AUGAACGUCGCUUCGACUCGCGCCAGCGCGGCAGCGCGUCGCGGCUUCCACCGUCAGACGCAGCGCUUCGUGGCUACAGAGGCAGACGCCCGCAACAGCGCGUUGCCGCAAGGCGUGUCGAAAGAGCAGGCGCGAAAGGCGCGCGAACGCCAUGCAGCCAUUCUCGCGGCCCAUCAUACCGCCACGAGCGCCUUCCGCGCGUCGAGUCAGGGCGAGCACGAGAUCGACGCAGACGAGGCGAACCGCAAGCGCGUCAUCUACCGCAGCAAGCAACGCGGCUGGCUGGAGGUGGACCUGCUGCUUGGCCGCUGGGCCAGUCAAAAUGUCAUGCAGCUCUCGAGUGAGGAGCUGCAGCAGUACGAGGACAUUCUGAACGAGGAGACGAUCGACAUUUUCAACUACAUCUCUGGCAAGGAUCCAGUCGUGCCUGCGAGGCUCGACACGUCUAUGAUGAAGAGAUUGCAGGCGUACUGUCUCUCGUCGCCCUUGGGCAAGGCGUCAAUCGAGGCCUUUGCAGCGAACAAGCAGUUCAUGAGCAACUAG